AUGGAAACAAAUUCCAAAACCAUUUUUUUUCUCUUUCAAAUCCUUAUCUACUCAUACUUUAUCAGCAUUAUUGCUGUAAGAGGCCUCAACGAUAUUGCAAAUUUCUCUUCGUGCAAUGGUUCAAUAGCAGAUUGUGAUGACGAAUUGGAGACUUUAAUGGAGUCUGAGAUUAGCAGAAGAAUUCUUGAGGAUAAAAAAUACAUCUCACCAGGGGCUUUGAAAAGAGAUCAGCCAGUAUUCGAAGGUGGUGCCGGCGGCAAGCCAUACACGGGCAGUGACGGUUGUGUUCCUGCCCCAUCGAACACCCACCACAGAGGUUGCGAACAAUAUUAUCGCUGUCGAGAUAAUAGCGAGGAUUCUUUGAUCUUGUGGAAUCAAGUGGGAAGAGGUUGUCCAAUGAAGAGGAUUACAUUUGGGUGAUUGAAAAAGAUUUAUUGUUUUGUCUAGUACUUGAUAUUCUACCUUCAAAUCUAGCUUAAAGAACUUUUGUCUAUACACUACUUUGCUUGAAUGUUUUAUGAAUUUAAGAGUUGUAAUGGACACUUGAUGAACACUCUUUUGUACUAAGUGAUUUUGGGACGUUA